AUGAAGAGUAUGAAUGCUUCUAUUGAGCUUGAGGCUGAGGUGAAGCCAAGAUUGUCAUCAUCAAGGUUUGUGAAGGUUUUCAUGCAGGGGGAAGUUGUUGGCAGGAAGAUAAACUUGGCUGUUCACAAGAGCUAUGCUUCAUUGUCCUUCACCUUGAAAAGAUUGGGCAACAAUUAUUCUAUGCCAUCAUGCGAACUUAAUGACGGCUUAGUAAACAAUGAAGAAGAUGAUGCAUCAUAUGACAACAACUUCAUUCUUUUCCAUGAUAACGUGGAGGGUGAUCGUUUCUUCCUUGGUGAAGUCCCAUGGGAACUUUUCACAAUUUCAGUCAAGAGGAUCUAUAUUGUUCCUAUGGAACAAGAGAAUGAAUUUGUUACUUCUCUACAUGUAACAAUCAAAACUUACCGGUUGCGAUUGCAGAUAAUGAGGAGGAAGAAGAUGGAGAGCAUCAUGAUGGCAAUGGUCCUACUUCUGCUGCUCCCCCGGAGGGAGAUGACACUCCUGCUAACAGAUGGGGUUGCUGAUGAUGGAGAUGCUACAUCAGCUACUUUUGCUGAUGACGGGGUUGCUGAGGAGUAG